UUUUUUUUUUAUAAAUCUGAAGUGUUUUUUUUAUUUCGCCACUCGCCGGUUCCUGCAGUGCAGCUAAAAAGAGCAGAUAUUUGGCUCUUCCGCGCAGGGGAACCCUUCGUACUAUUCGUCUUCCCUUCUUUUCUCUCCGAUGCCUAAUUCGACGUUCUAUCUCGUUCUAAGUGCAGAUAUUAGAUGGAAGAAAACAAUUGCGGCGCAUUCGGAAACUAAGAUGGUGACGAUCAGCUAAUGACAACUCAAGGCGUGAUACUUGUCACCCCAGAAAUGGGCAGAUGUGAAGAAAUAAGAAGGAAGAAAAAAUAAGAACAGAUCGAGGAGGACCUCUCCCACGUUCAACCUGCAACGUCAACUCGCAAAUGCGGUUCUUUUCGAAUACAGAAAUAUAUCUCAUUGUUUGAUUUACGCACGUGACUGUUUGAAGAUCUGAGUUUAUCUUUCACUUUUUUUCACGUGGCAUUGUUUACAUAAGAGACUCUCGAAGCCUCCCAUCAUAUGAGAGAUUAGAAUGAGGUCUCGCGUCGUGUGUGAGAUAUGAGAUGAAUCGGAUGUUUUACUUCAGUGUUUUAAAUCUUUGUUUUAAAUGCUCGAGAAAGUGACAAAGGUCGACGAGCAGCUAAUUGAUUUGUAAAUCUCUUCGUAAACAUUACAGUAGCGAGUGCAUAACGAGAGUGAACAAUAGAGUCACGUUGAGGUGGUGAGGCGUCACAUCGAUGACAGACGAGAUGGAACGGAACGUCCGGAGCGGGUUAUUUGUCGACAUGCUGGAGGACAGACGGAAGGACUGCGACUUUCUGUGGGUGACACGCUCCAUGGAGCCUUCGUUGCCACACUUGCUGCCACCAGAGUCGGUCUACGACCGGGAGAAGAUCAUACACUCUGUCCUGCUCGACAAGCAGGUCAGGUUCGCCAUUGACACGGUGGCGAGGACUACGGGCGUUGGAGUCAAGGAUGUUGAGAGUCGCGCCCGUGCUGUAAUAAACGAGAUGGCUAGUAAGGCGGAUUUGACGACAGUCCGUUGGCUAGGUAUCUUCAUUACAAAAGCUAUGAAGAGGAUGUUUUCAAAGAUCUAUAUAAACGAAACCACUCUUCUUGACUUGAAGAAGGAAAUGCAAAUAUCUCAAGUACAGUAUAUUUACGUGCCAUCACACAGAAGCUAUCUGGAUUUUAUUCUGCUGUCGUAUAUUCUCUUUUCUUACGACAUGGCACUUCCAAACAUUGCGGCUGGUAUGGAUUUUUAUAAUAUGAAAAUAGUAGGAGAGCUGCUGCGAAAAACAGGAGCAUUUUAUAUACGACGUAGUUUCUCCAACGACUUAUUAUACAAGCAGAUUUUUCGAGCAUAUAUCAGCACUAUCGUUAGUCAUAGUGAUAGGGCGAUAGAAUUCUUUGUCGAGGGUACGCGGAGCCGCAGUCAGAAGAGCACGAUGCCGAAAUAUGGCCUUUUAUCUAUUAUUGUGGAAAGUUUACUUCAAGGCGAUGUACCUGACAUACAUUUUAUACCUAUGAGUAUUAAUUACGAACGACCGCCGGAAGAAUUAUUAUUCGUUUAUGAGAUGCUGGGAGUUCCAAAGCCGAAAGAGAGUACAGCUGGACUCUUUCGCUCGCUCUCCAUUCUACAGAAACCCUUCUCUCAUGGACGCAUUUUCUUUAACAUUGGAGAACCGAUAUCUGCCAGUCGACUCGUAGACAGGGCAUAUCGUCAGAAGAAAGUUCUACAGCCUUCCUUCAAAGUUCCAUCAUCCAUUGUGGAGAAUAUAGCCUAUCUUAUAAUAGAAUCACACAAGAAGAAUACUGUACUUAUGCCGAUCAAUAUCAUCGCUUUACUGCUCAAUGAAAGAAUUCAGAUGAAACCAAGGGAACCAUAUACGCUUGAUUUGUUGGUCCAAGAUUAUCAAUGGUUAAAAAAUUUUGUUACAAAGUCGUUGAAAGCUUUAAUGUAUGAAAUUGAAACUACCGACAACGACAGGAUUAAACAGGAAAUAUUGGAAUCUUUAAAACCACAUGAUGAAUUAAUAGCACUUGAUUCGUCGAACACGUUAAAAGUCAAACAGAGGCACAAGGGAAUGAAACAAAUAAAUUAUUCAAAUAUCAAAGGGUAUCCUCUGUCUGAACAGACUUUGCAAAUAGCGGUAUCUGCUAUUAAUAUUUCAAUUUAUAUCAAUCCGACCUUGGUCUUUCUAGCGGAAACAGCUUUUGUUGCUGUAACAAUAGGAGAGAAUGGCACCCAAACUGAAGUAGCUUUGGAACGAUAUCAAUUAUUAAGAAGACUGUUCAGCAUAGAGUUCGUAAUGCGUCCGAUUGAAGAUAGAGCUUUAAUCAAAACGGAAUGGGAAAGAUCACUGAAUAUAUUGCUAUCACAGGAUUGCUUAUACACAGAAAAUGACUUAAUUUUUGUAGGAAAUAAUACGAAACUAUUUUCUAUCUUACAUAACGUUAUAUUACCUUUCAUAGACAUUAUAUACGUGAUGUGUACUUUAUUAUCUGAGUGGACUAAAAGAACGUCGAUCGAACUUACGGAUCGGACGAUUCUCGUCGAAACGCAAAAAGAAGUGGAAAGAUUAUUAUUUGACACUAAGGACUGGUGUCAACAUCCCUAUUGUUUAUCUCUCGACCUGUGUAACAUAACGUGGUCUAAUUUAUUAUCGCAAGGUAUUGUCACACACCAAAAAAAUACAAAUGCAUAUCAAAUAGAUAAAGUGAAAUUGGCAUAUCUCAUCAAUGCAUUGCGUGAACUGCCGCUACGACAUCCCACCGAAAUUUACGUCAAUACGUUUCCUUUAAUUAUUUUAACACCAUCGAUAGAUGUGCAAGCUAAAUUGUAACAGUUUAUGUGCGAAAUAAUGAAUAGGGUACGCCAAUAAUAACAGUAUUAAUAAUAGGGCUAAUUAAUAACAUUUAAUCAAUUUUAAGGGAAUGCUGGAGAUGGGUCUGUUUUAUUGAUUAAACGCGAUUAUUCCACUAAAAAAUCUUUUUGUUUAUUACACAGAAUUAAAAAUCCUCCAGAAUUAAAAUGUAGACACUAACGGAGUGCGCAGUACACAAGUUAAUAUGAAAAACGAACAAAAAUUUAAAAAUUACAGUUUUGUGAUCGACUCCUGUGGUCGACUCGUGAAAACAUUUGUUGCGUAUAAAAGUUUUAAACUUUAUACGUACAAAACAAGCGUGCCUCGCCCAUUGCAUUACAAGAAAGAACAAUUCCGUGCUUUUAGAAAUGAGCCUAGACGCUUCAGUAUAAUGAUUUCUUUCAGUGAAAAUCUCGUAUGUAUGUGUGAGUGCAGAUUCGGGAAGUCGAUAAGUAGA